GGGACCACCUGGCUGAGGUUCAUGUGUGUGAGUCGUUGGCAGAUUGUUACCUGAGGCAGAGGAAGCAGCAGAAAUCUGUUCAGCUCUACAAACAGGCUCUGAGUGCUCUGUCUCACUGCCAGGACAGUUCUGGUUCUGUUCGGGAUCGUCUGGUGGAGCGUCUGACUGCGGCUCUACGGCAGAACCUCACUGAUAGUCUGCAGAGACCACACCCACUCAGACCCCACCAACUCAGGCCACACCCACUCAGUCCACCUGUAACCAGGAACAGUGAUAUCGCACAGAGUCCAGGCAGAGCGUCCAACCAGCAGCCAGAUGAUCAGAGGGGGGAGGGGCAAGGAUCAGAGGCCAUAGGUGGACAGGAUACAGCAGAGCAUUGUGGGUCACCGGGGGGCGGAGCCACUGAGGGACCUGAGUACUUGAGCAUUACACCUGGACUGCACAGUUCGUACCAGUCAGACCACCUGCAGCACAGUGAGCUGUGGUCGGACAGACAGAAUCCUCACACUGACAGUGAAACCUCAUUGGUCCCAGAGGCAGAGGCUACACCCACCAGACCAGAUGGCAUCAUAGAGGCCACGCCUCCUGCAGCCAGGUGGAGGUCUCGGUUCUGUUCACUGAUGUAGACUCACCUGCCCGAUGGAGUUAUUGAUUGUGAAUUGAUUAUAGACUCAAUAUACUGACUCUGGUUUCAAUGGAAACACUGUCUACAGAAAGGAAACUGGCUUUAAUUUGACAUCAGAGUCUGAUCCACUGAUGGGAGGGCCUGCGAGCCGAGCUGCUGCUAACGUUAGCACCAAGAUCUAAACAGUGGAUGGUAAACAGUCAA